AUGUUGUCCUCAAUGAUGGUCUCCCAACAGCGCCUCGGUGGUGAACCCAAAAUAAAGAAAAUCCACAUGGAACUGCGGAUUUCGAACCAGCAGAUGCACCUGCAUCCCAGCAUUGAGGUCGCUUCUCACGAUCUCUUCUCUCAACUCACUGCUUGGCAGAAUAUCAUCCUAAAUUUGCCGAGAAUUCAGCAUUCACGCUAUCAAGUUGGUUUAAAUGCAGAUGAGGAUACUCAGCAGCACAAUAUGAAUUUGGUUUCACGACUCGCAAAAGAGAGCAAUGUUCUCAGCCAUGCCUAUGAUUCCAUUUCAAAUAUUCUUGAAGAAACCGAUGAAUAUGUAAAGACAUGGACUUCCUAUCAGGCUCUCUGGGAUCUACAACUUGAUCAAGUCUACAAUCGUAUUGGAAACAACCUUGAGGUUUGGAUGAAUGUACUAGAUGAAAUUAAGUUGAUGCGAAAACACUUUGAUGUCUCGGAGUCCAAAAAAUCAUUUGGUCCAAUCCUUAUUGACUUUGAGAAAGUUCAGUCUACAGUAACCAUGAAAUACGAUACCUGGCACAAGGAAAUCCUCAACAAAUUUGGUAGCAAUUUGGGCAAUGAGAUGCAAGACUUCUACAAACAGAUGUCCGAAGCUCGAGGGGAAUUGGAGAGGCGUUCAAUUGAUUCUAAGGCUACCAGUGAUGCUGUGAACACCAUCACCUACACCCAGUCUCUGAAGCGCAAUUUGAAGCAGUGGGAGAAACAAGUGAACCUCUACAAAUCUGGACAGAAUAUCCUUCUACGAGAUCGCUUCCAAUUCCCUAAUAAUUGGCGAGAUUCAGAGAAUAUCCAGGGUGAAUGGAGCGCCUUCCAGGAGAUUCUUCGGCGCAAGGAGUCUAGUAUUUCCACUGAGGUUGCAAGCCUUCAAAUAAAGAUUGUCGCAGAAGAUAAGACUAUUGAAGGCAAGACAGGAGAAUUGUUGAACAGUUGGCACAAGGAGAAGCCUAUUCAGGGUGAUAUGAAGCCAGAUGAGGCAGUGAAGGCCCUCACUAUUCUUGAGGGUCAAUUUUUGCGGCUGAAGGAGGAAAGAGCUAAUAUUCAACGCGCUAAAGAAGCUUUAGAGCUUACUGAGGAAGGUGUUCUUCCGCAAAGUGAAGAGAAGGUCAACGUCGCUCUGGAGGAACUUCAGGAUCUUAAAAAUGUGUGGAUAGAAUUGUCUCGCUUCUGGGAGGAGAUUGAUCAGCUUCGCGAAACACCUUGGCAAACCGUGCAACCACGCAAAAUUCGUCAACAGAUUGAUGAGAUGGUGCGGCGAUUGAAGGAAGUGCCCGCGAGACUUCGUCAUUACGCAGCCUACGAACACAUUCGUAAAACUGUCCAGAAUUUCGCCAAGGUCAACCCUAUUGUCAUUGACUUAAAAUCAGAGGCUCUGAAGGAGCGUCAUUGGCGUGCACUCAUUCGCAAGCUGAAUGUUAACUGGGUCAUGACUGAACUCACUCUUGGUCAGUUGUGGGAUAUAGACUUACAGAAGAAUGAAACCAUCAUUCGAGAUGUAUUCCUUGUUGCUCAGGGUGAGAAGGCUCUGGAAGAAUUCAUGAAACAAGUGACGGAAGUUUGGAAAACCUAUGAACUUGAUUUGGUGGUCUAUCAAAAUCGUUGUCGUCUUAUUCGUGGUUGGGAUGAUCUCUUUAACAAAGUGAAGGAACAUAUAAAUAGCGUAUCUGCCAUGAAGCUAUCCCCCUAUUUUAAACAAUUCGAAGAAGAAGCUUUAACUUGGGAAGACAGGCUUAAUCGAAUUAAUGCUCUCUUUGAUGUGUGGAUUGAUGUUCAGAGAAGAUGGGUUUACCUGGAUGGAAUCUUCUCUGGUUCGGCUGAUAUCAAAACACUGCUUGCUCAGGAAUCUCAACGCUUCUCAAAUGUUAGUACUGAGUUCCUUGGUCUGCUAAAAAAGGUUUCCAAGUCUCCUCUUGUUAUGGAUGUUCUCAAUAUCCCUAAUGUUCAACGACAACUUGAGAGGCUUGCUGAUCUACUCUCAAAGAUUCAAAGGUCUCUUGGUGAAUAUCUCGAGAGACAGAGAUCUUCAUUCCCAAGAUUCUAUUUCGUCGGUGAUGAAGAUUUGCUUGAAAUAAUUGGUAAUAGCAAGAACAUUCCUCGACUGCAAAAGCACUUCAAAAAGAUGUUUGCUGGUGUUAAUGCAAUAAAGCUAAACGAAGAAUGCACAGAAGUUCUCGGUUUGGUCUCAAAGGAAGGUGAAGUAGUCGAUUUCGUACACAAGGUCUCAAUCAAAGAUAACCCCACAAUCAAUGAUUGGCUAACAUUGCUGGAAAAGGAAAUGCGGAUCACUCUUGCAACCUACCUUGCCAGUGCUGUUACCGAAUUACAAAAACUUCGGUCAGCGUCCACACUGGAAUCGAACGGAUUUCUCGCAUGGCUAGACAAGUAUCAAGCUCAGUUGGUAGUCCUUGCAGCUCAAAUCUGCUGGUCAGAGUCGGUCGAUGCGGCAUUGAGUAGUGGCAAAUCUGAGGUAUCUCUGGCAGCUUGUUUGAGUUCCGUAGAAGCAAUGCUCACACUUUUAGCUGACACUGUACUCAGUGAACAACCACCUGUUCGUAGACGUAAACUUGAACAUCUAAUCAUUGAACAUGUUCAUCAGCGAGAUGUGCUCAGAUCACUCGUUAAAACUGGUGUCAAAUCGUCACAGUCUUUCGCUUGGCUAUCUCAAAUGCGCUUCUACUUCGAUCCGAAGCAAUCUGACCCUCUGGCCCAAGUGUCAAUCCAUAUGGCUAAUGCCAAGUUUGCCUAUGGUUUUGAGUACCUCGGUGUAAUGGACCGUCUUGUCCAAACUCCUCUUACUGACCGAUGCUACUUGACAAUGACCCAGGCUUUGGAGGCCCGUUUGGGUGGAUCACCAUUUGGCCCAGCUGGUACCGGUAAGACCGAAUCUGUGAAAGCUCUUGGUAUGCAGUUGGGUCGUUUCGUGUUGGUGUUUAACUGUGAUGAGACAUUCGACUUUCAUGCUAUGGGUAGAAUCUUUGUGGGUCUGUGCCAAGUUGGUGCUUGGGGCUGUUUCGAUGAAUUUAAUCGUCUUGAGGAGAGAAUGCUUUCUGCUGUAUCCCAACAAAUUCAAGGCAUUCAAGAGGCGUUGAGAGACCAGCUGGCCGGAAAAGAUGUAACUGUGGAAUUGUUAGGAAAGAAUCUUUCUGUAAAUCCUGAUAUGGCAAUUUUCAUCACAAUGAACCCCGGCUACGCUGGUCGUUCCAACUUGCCCGAUAACUUGAAGAAAUUGUUCCGUUCAUUGGCUAUGACUCAACCAGAUCGUCAAUUGAUUGCUCAAGUUAUGCUCUACUCACAGGGCUUCCGCACGGCAGAAUUGUUGUCGAACAAGAUAGUACCUCUGUUCAAAUUGUGCGAUGAACAACUUUCACCUCAGACUCAUUAUGACUUUGGCCUUCGUGCACUAAAAUCUGUUCUUGUCUCAGCUGGUAAUGUGAAGCGUGAUCGUAUUAAACGCAUUAAGGAUGCACUUCAAGCUAAGAAUGAAGAAAUCAAUGAAGCCAAAAUUGCAGAAAACCUCCCAGAGCAAGAAAUUCUCAUUCAGUCGAUUAUGGAAACCAUGGUACCGAAGCUUGUUGCCCAGGAUAUCCCAUUGCUCUAUUCCUUGUUGAAGGACGUCUUCCCAGGUGUGGACUAUCACGCCUCACCAAUGGAAGAUCUGCGUCGUGAAUUGAAACGUGUAUGUGAAGAGAUCUUCCUUGUGUACAGCGAUGACAAGUCAGAAAGCAGUGUUGGUGGUGCCCUAUGGGUUGAAAAGGUUCUCCAACUUUAUCAGAUCACUUGCAUUCAUCAUGGUCUCAUGAUGGUUGGUCCGAGUGGUAGUGGAAAAUCGAUGGCUUGGCGGGCUCUUCUCAAAGCUCUCGAACGUGUCGAAGGUGUUGAAGGUGUCGCUCAUGUUAUUGAUCCAAAAUCUAUCAGCAAGGAUUCUCUUUAUGGUUACCUCGAUCCUAACACUCGUGAAUGGACUGAUGGUCUGUUCACACACACUCUCAGAAAGAUCAUCGAUAGCAUCCGCGGUGAAUCGCACAAGCGUCAGUGGAUCAUUUUCGAUGGUGAUGUUGAUCCAGAAUGGGUUGAGAACUUGAACUCUGUACUAGAUGAUAACAAACUGCUCACCUUGCCGAACGGUGAACGUUUAGGCAUUCCACCAAAUGUGAGAAUCAUGUUUGAAGUUCAAGACUUGCGUUACGCCACUUUGGCCACUGUUUCCCGUUGUGGUAUGGUCUGGUUCUCUGAGGAUGUUGUCUCUCCCGAAAUGGUUAUGACUAAUUUCCUUCGCUACCUGCAAAACGUUCCAAUUGAUGAAGACGAAGAUGCUGAUUUAAGCUUCACUAGUCCUGCUACAAUUUCGACGACAGCAACCGGUGAUCAGGUUAAAUCUCCUGUUGAUGGUGGCCAAACAUUCGUCAGUCCUACUCUACAGACUCAACGUGUCAUUGCAAAUAUGUUUGUACCUCAUUUCGCCGGUUCCGGACUUGUAUCACGCUGUCUAGAGUUUGCUAAGGACCUUGAUCACGUAAUGGACUUUACUCAGCUUCGGGCACUUACUAGUCUAUUCUCACUCUUGAAACAGACUGUUAGAGUUGUUCUCAUGCACAAUGCUACUCAUACGGACUUCCCAAUGCCAAUUGAACAAAUGGAGUCCUACGUAAGCAAGUCUCUCAUAAAUGCAAUUAUCUGGGCUUUAGCUGGUGAUGGUCCUGCUAAUGUACGCAUGCAAAUGAGCGAUUUCGUUCGUCAAGCUACCACCAUUCCACUUCCACCUCCUGGUGCACCGAUUAUUGACUAUGAGGUCACUCUAGCUGGUGAAUGGCAACCAUGGGUUAACAAGGUGCCUGUCGUUGAGGUGGAGUCUCAUAAAAUCGAUACUAUGGAUGUUGUUGUGCCUACACUUGAUACUGUUAGACAUGAAGCUCUACUCUAUACCUGGCUGGCUGAGCAUAGACCAAUGGUCCUGUGCGGUCCCCCGGGGUCUGGUAAAACGAUGACUCUCUUCAGUGCUCUUAGAAGCCUUCCUGAUAUGGAAGUGGUUGGAUUGAACUUCUCUAGUGCAACUACACCCGAAUUAAUGCUCAAAACGUUUGAUCAAUACUGUGAAUACCGCAAAACUCCUAAUGGUCUGGUUCUCGCACCUCAACAAAUCAACAAAUGGCUCGUAUUCUUCUGUGAUGAAAUCAACUUGCCAAAUGAAGACAAGUAUGGUACUCAACGUGUCAUCAGUUUCCUCAGACAAAUGCUCGAACAUUCUGGUUUCUAUCAAACAACCGACAUGCAAUGGGUGCGUUUUGAGCGCAUUCAAUUUGUUGGUGCUUGCAACCCUCCUACAGAUCCUGGGAGAAAGCCCCUCUCGCAUCGUUUCUUGCGUCAUGUACCUGUUAUCUAUGUAGACUAUCCUGGAGAGACAUCACUCAAACAGAUCUACGGCACUUUCAACCGUGCUAUGCUUAGAAUGUUACCAUCUCUCCGUCCACAAGCUGAUUCACUCACUAACGCUAUGGUUGACUUUUAUCUUCGUUCUCAAAAUAGAUUCACUAUUGACAUGCAGCCACAUUACAUCUACAGUCCUCGUGAACUGACACGAUGGGUGCGUGGUAUUCACGAAGCUCUCAAGCCACUGGAAUCGCUUUCAGUUGAAGGUCUAGUACGCAUAUGGGCUCAUGAGGCUCUGCGUCUCUUCCAAGAUCGUUUGAUUGAAGACAGUGAGCGUUUGUGGACGGAUCAAAAUAUUGAUGAGGUCGCAACCACUUACUUCCCGCUUAUCGAUCGUGUUGCUGCUCUUCAACGUCCAAUUCUAUUUAGUAAUUGGCUCUCGAAAGAUUACGUCGCUGUUGAUCAAGAGGUUCUUCGCGAGCAUGUUAAAGCUCGUCUUAAGGUCUUCUACGAAGAAGAACUUGAUGUUCCUUUGGUUCUCUUUAAUCAAGUACUGGAUCAUGUUCUCAGAAUUGACAGAGUUUUCCGGCAGUCUCAAGGUCAUCUUCUAUUGAUUGGCAUCAGUGGUGCUGGCAAAACCACCCUCUCUAGGUUUGUCUCGUGGAUGAACGGUCUUUCCGUGUUCCAGGUAAAGGUACAUAACAAGUACACCGCAGAAGACUUUGAUGAGGACUUAAGAAAUGUCCUCCGUCGAGCUGGUUGUAAGGGUGAGAAGAUUACCUUCAUUAUGGAUGAAUCUAACGUAAUGGACUCAAGUUUCCUUGAAAGAAUGAAUACUCUGCUCGCAAAUGGUGAAGUUCCCGGUUUGUUCGAAGGUGAUGAAUUUGCAGCCCUAAUGACACAAUGUAAAGAAGGCGCUACCAGAGAGGGCCUGAUGGUUGAUUCGCAAGAAGAACUCUACAAAUGGUUUACUAAUCAAAUCUGUCGAAAUCUUCACGUGGUCUUUACCAUGAAUCCAUCUUCCGACGGUCUUAAGGACAAGGCAGCUACAUCUCCUGCCCUGUUCAACAGAUGUGUCCUCAAUUGGUUUGGUGACUGGUCUCUUGAAGCCUACUUCCAUGUAGGUAAAGAAUUUACUGAGAAGCUGGAUCUUGAACGUCCAGACUACCAUGUUCCAGAAGUGAUUCCUUACGUUGCUGAAGGUUUAUUGCCUUGUGUACCAACCUACCGCGAUAUGGUAGUUAAUGCCUUUGUAUUUGUCCACCAAUCUCUUCAACGUGCUAAUGAACGCUUGCAGAAACGCGGUGGCCGAACAAUGGCCAUUACACCUCGCCACUUCCUCGAUUUCAUUAGCCAUUAUGUCAAACUGAUCGGAGAAAAGAGAUCUAAUCUAGAAGAGCAACAAGUCCACUUGCAUGUUGGUCUGCAGAAGAUUAAGGAAACAGUGGAGCAAGUUGAAGUGAUGCAAAAGUCCCUGACAAAGAAGAGCAAGGAGCUCGAGGAAAUGAAUGAUGCCGCUAACGCUAAGCUUAAACAGAUGGUUAAAGACCAACAAGAGGCUGAACAGAAGAAGACUACUAGCCAGAGCUUACAAGUCGAAUUGGAGAAGCAACGUGAAUACAUCAAAGAAAAGAGAGCUUUGGUCAUGGAGGAGCUUAGUCAAGUCGAACCGGCUGUUAACGAUGCCAAACAAGCUGUUGAGGGUAUUCGCAAAAAGGAUAUUCAGGAAAUAAAGGCUAUGCGUAAUCCUCCGCCUGCGGUUAAGAUGGCUCUCGAAGCCAUCUGUCUUCUGCUGGGUGAGAAAUCGACUGAUUGGCGUCAGAUUUUGACGGCCAUUGUCAAGGAUUCCUUUGUACCAAGCAUUCUCAACUUUGAUACUGAAGAUAUCACUGAUUCAAUUCGUGAGACAAUGAAGAAAAAGUACAUAGAAAAUCCUGAUUUUAACUAUGAGAAAGUUAAUCGCGCUUCUACCGCUUGUGGACCUAUGGUUAAAUGGGCUAUUGCUCAGAUUGGCUACGCAGAUAUCCUAAAGAAAGUUGAGCCCCUUCGUGAUGAACUCAAAGCCCUCGAAGAAGCAGCCAAAGCUAAUGAAAAGAAGGCUGAAGAUGUUGAAGGUACAAUCGCAGCACUUGAGAAAUCCAUCGCUAAAUAUAAGGAUGAGUACGCUGUUUUGAUUAGUCAAGCUCAGUCUAUCAAGGCUGAUUUGGCCUCUGUCGAAGCUAAGGUUGAACGGUCGGUUGCGUUGAUUGAAUCUCUGAGCAGUGAACGAACUCGUUGGGAGUCUGGUUCAGAAACUUUCCGAUCCCAAAUGGCCACUAUUAUCGGAGAUUGUCUUCUCUCCUCUGCCUUCAUGGCCUAUGCUGGCUACUUUGACCAGAGCCUCCGUCUCAGUCUUGUCUCUUCGUGGGCACUUCACUUGAAGAAUGCUGGAAUUCAAUUCAGACCUGAUUUAGCCCGUGCCGAAUACCUCUCUACACCAGAUGAGCGACUGCGUUGGCAGGCUAGUGCUCUACCGAACGAUGAACUUAGUGUUGAAAAUGCAAUCAUUCUUCAUAGGUUCAACCGCUAUCCUCUUAUUAUUGAUCCCAGUGGGCAGGCUAUUGAGUUCAUUAUGGAGGAGUUCAAGGCCCGGAAGAUUGCCAAGACCUCCUUCUUAGACGAAUCCUUCAGAAAGACUCUCGAGUCCUCUUUGCGUUUCGGCACACCGCUCCUUGUGCAAGAUGUCGAAUCCUACGAUCCUAUUCUCAAUCCCGUGCUCAAUCGCGAAGUCAGACGUACAGGAGGUCGUACACUUAUCACUCUUGGUGAUCAGGAUAUUGAUCUGUCGCCUACCUUCACCAUUUUCCUGUCUACUCGUGAUCCUUCAGUUGACUUUGCUCCUGAUAUCUGUUCAAGAGUCACUUUUGUUAAUUUCACUGUCACUCAUAGCAGUCUACAGAGUCAGUGCCUGAAUGCUGUUCUCAAAGCUGAGAGGCCUGAUGUUGAUAGCAAGAGAUCUGACUUGCUGAAGAUGCAGGGUGAAUUCCAACUUCGGUUGCGUCAUUUGGAGAACGAUUUAUUGCAGGCUCUCAAUGCUGCCAAGGCAAGUGGCAACUUGCUCGACGAUGAUAAGAUCAUAACGAAUUUAGAAACACUGAAAAAGGAAGCUGGUGAAGUUGCUAAGAAGGUUGAAGAAACUGACGCUAUCAUGACGGAAGUUGACAACGUUUCACAACAAUACGUGCCUCUAUCUCAAGCUUGCUCAGGCAUUUACUUCACACUGGAUGCACUCAAUCAAGUCUAUUUCCUCUACCAAUAUUCACUUCACUUCCUUCUCUCAAUUUUCAACUGUGUUCUUACCCAGAAUGAUAAUCUUAAAGGAGUCAGUGACAGCAAAGCUCGUUUGGAUAUCAUCACUAAAGAUCUUUUCCAAGUUACCUAUAAUCGUGUUGCUCGUGGUAUGCUUCAUAGUGAUCAGAUCACAUUUGCUGCCCUUCUUGCUCGUAUCUUCCUCAAGGGGAAAGUUACCGCUGGUAUGACCUAUGAAUCCGAAUUCUCUGUCUUCCUUCAUGGACAUGAUGGUUCAAGUUUGCUGAAUACCAAGAACUUGCCUGACAUCAAAGGCCUUAGUGUCGAGCAGAGGGCCGGUAUUAGUAGACUACAGAGUCAGUUGCCAGCCUUUAAAAACGUUGAAGCAGCUAUUGCUAAUGACCCGAAAUUCCAUGAAUGGCUUGAGGCUGUUUCACCGGAAACUGGAGUUCCGACACUUUGGGAACUGCCUUCUGCUGAAGCUAACCCUAUUGGAACAGCUAUUUACAGUCUCUUACUUAUUCAAGCACUCAGACCAGAUCGUCUCUUGGCUUGUGCUCACAUUUUAGUGGGAGCCGUAUUUGGUCAAGCAUUCAUGGACACUGCUCGUUCUAAUCUUGAUUUGGGACCAAUUGUUGAACAAGAAAUCAAGGCUAAUAUUCCUGUUCUUCUCUGCGCCACUCCAGGAUUUGAUCCCAGCGGUCGCGUAGAGGAUCUAGCAAGUGAUUUGAAGAAAACCCUAACUGGCAUUGCUAUUGGUUCAGCUGAAGGCUUCUCACAAGCUGAAAAGGCGAUCAACACUGCUGCUAAACAGGGCAAAUGGGUUAUGCUCAAGAACGUUCAUCUCGCUCCAUCUUGGCUUGUUCAAUUGGAAAAGAAGUUGCACUCUUUCCAAGCGCAUCCAAACUUCCGUCUCUUCCUCACUAUGGAAAUCAACCCGAAGUUGCCUGUUAACCUCCUUCGUUCUGGGCGAGUGUUUGUUUUCGAACCACCACCAGGUAUCAAGGCCAGCCUUCUGCGUACUUUCGCGAAUAUUUCAGCAACAAGAAUGUCUCGUGCUCCAGCUGAGAGAUCUCGUUUAUAUUUCCUGCUAGCUUGGUUCAAUGCGGUUGUUCAAGAACGUCUUCGGUAUGUGCCUUUGGGAUGGACCAAACGGUACGAGUUCAAUGAAUCCGAUCUCAAGUCUACUUGUGAUACAAUCGAUUCUUGGGUGGACAAUGCUAGCAAAGGGCGCUCCAAUUUACCUCCUGAACAAAUCCCCUGGACCGCUAUUCGCCAGCUCAUGUCUAAAUGUAUCUACGGUGGUCGUAUUGAUAACGAUUUCGACCAGACCCUACUCGAUACUUUCUUAUCACGUUUAUUUACUGAAAAAAGUUUUGAUCACGACUUUGUCCUAGUCAAUGAUGUUAACGGUCAGGCUGGAAAGAAUAUCCUCAUCCCAGAAGGAACUUCACGUGAAGAAUUAAUCACUUGGACCAAGAAGUUACCCUCAAAUCAGACUCCCUCUUGGCUCGGAUUGCCUAACAAUGCUGAGAAGGUGCUGCUAACUAAUAUGGGCCAAGAGGUGAUUGGGAACCUGCUCAAGAUGCAGCAAGCUGUUAGUACGGAUGAUGUUCUUUCCGCUUCGGAAAUGGCUGCUACAACACUUGUCAAGAGAGCUUCUGUGGAGGAAGGAGACACCAGACCUACAUGGAUGCGUCAAUUACAAGCGAGUGCAGAUACUUGGAAGUCGCUACUGCCAGAGCGUCUUAGACCACUAGAGCGAACCACGGGGAAUAUUGCUGAUCCCCUCUUCAGGUGCUUUGAUAGAGAAAUCAACGCUGGUGCUACACUACUGCAUACAGUUAGAGAUGAUCUAACAAAUGUGGUCAAGGUUUGUUCCGGAACGAUAAAGCCAAUCAACUAUCAUCGUGAGUUAAUGUCCGACUUGGCGAAGGGUUUGAUCCCGGCUUCUUGGCGUUGUUACUACACCGUACCAUCAAAUCUUACUGUCAUUCAAUGGAUCAACGACUUUGCCUCCCGAAUUCGUCAAUUGAUAGAGAUUAGCGAAGCUGCUUCUUUAUCUGAUCUGAGCAGCUUGCGUGGUUUACGUGUUUGGCUGGGAGGUCUGUUCAUGCCAGAAGCUUACAUCACAGCUACACGUCAAGUGGUUGCUCAAACUCAUGGCUGGGCUCUGGAAGAACUGUUUCUCAACAUGGAGUUGGUCAGCGCUUCACAGAAAGAUAAACCACCACCGUUGCCUGCUGAUGAUUGCGCUUUUAUGGUCACUGGUCUUCGUUUAAUGGGGGCUGAACCCGCUGAUACUAAAACUAUUCAGCUGUCCAAGACCAUCUUCUAUGAAAUGCCUUUUACUAUUCUCAGAUGGAUUCGAGUUGUGAAAGAAAAACAAAGUGAAGUAAAUCCAGGGGCGGUUAAGCUUCCCAUCUACUUGAAUGCUUCUCGCUCUGUCCUUCUCUUCACUGUCGAUCUGCAGACUAAGGAACAGGGAAGCGAGUUCUGCAAACGUGGUGUUGCUAUACUCUCUUCGCCUCUUGGUUAA